AUGAAAACAAAAGAUUCCGUGAAAGACGACGUCCUUCUACUCAAAGCUCUGCCACGUCAACCAUGGGAACUCGAUCAUGAGAACAUUGAAAUUCUGAAGAAACUGGGAGAAGGAGCAUUCGGAGAAGUUAGUAUGGGGAAGUUGAAGUUUCGAAAAGGAGGAAAAACGGUGAAUGUUGCAAUAAAACAAGCGAAACUCUCGAAUCUGACGAAAGAUCAAAUCAAGGAAUUUAUGGGAGAAGCGAGAGUUAUGAGACAGUUCGGACACCCGCAUGUCGUCCGUUUCUAUGGAGUUGCAGCCACGACUGAACCACUUUAUAUGGUUAUGGAACUGGCGACAAAUGGAGCAUUGGAUAGUUAUUUGAAGAAGAAUCCAGACUUGGCAAUUGAAAAGAAGAAUGAAAUGAUACUUCAGGCGGCAUGGGGACUCGAGUACUUGCAUAGUAAACCUGUGAUGCAUCGGGAUAUUGCCGCGAGAAAUUGUCUGUAUGGAGAUGGAAGAGUCAAGAUUUCGGAUUUCGGAUUGACUAGACAUGGAUUGACGUAUCAGGCAGACCCAAACAAGAAAGCUCCGAUCCGUUGGCUCUCGGUUGAAGUCAUCACUCAACGUCUGUUCUCUCUGAAAAGUGAUGUUUGGGCAUAUGCAGUCAUGAGUUGGGAAAUCUAUAACAAUGGAAUAGAGCCGUAUCCUGGAAUGAUGGUUGCCGAAGUAGCACAGAGAGUUCUCGGUGGAUAUCGGAUGGAACUACCGGAUAGUCUCAGUUUGGAAAUUAAAGUUCUUAUUGCAAGAGCCUGGGCUCAAAACGAGAAUGAGAGACCGUCGAUGGCUGAAAUCGCUCUGGAACUUCAACGUAUUACUGGAAUUGUCAGACCGGAUUUCGUAGCGAUGGAGGCUCAGAUCAAGAAGGAAUUGAUGGUUGCGAACAAUUUGACGAAUAAGUCGCAUGUUCGAAAGAAUAAAGCACAGAAAGGACGAUUGCCGAAGGGAAUGUAG